AUGGGUUUUCUUCGAGUGGUGCACGGGGCUUCUGGCGUUGGGGGAGCGGUGGGAACUGCUGUAGCCGGACAAACAGGAGGAGCUGCCACGGCACAUCCUUCCACGUCAGCAGCAGGUGCCCCGGUUUCCACGUCAGCAGCAAAGGUUCCUAUUGCUGCCUCAGCAACAGCAGCAGGAGCAGCAGCAGCAGCAGCAGCAGGGACAAAGAGAGAUGGGAAAGAAGCCACAGCGGAUCCGUUUGCUUUUCUAGACAACACUCCACUGGGGGUUACCAGUAGCAUUUCUUCAAAAGACACCAGCGCCAGCUUUUCAGAACAGAACCAGCAGAAGGAUGAUGUCUUUGGAUUUGAUUCAUCCCCGUUUGUGGCAUCCUCGUCACCAUUAUUCGGCUUUGAUACUCCCAGCUUGCCUCCUGACCCAGAGCUUGCAUCAGACCCCUUCUGGACCUCGAUAUCGUCACAACCCCCCACAGUCUCGUCACAACGCCCCUCGUUAUUGUCACAGGACCCCUUCGUCAGUCCAAAUUCAAACAGUACCUUCCUCCCCACUGGAAGGACUGACUCUGCGCCGCGUCCUCUCAUGGACCUCUUGGGAGAGCCUCUGGUCGAACCCAGAAACUCUUAUUCUACUACUGCUGCUGCUACCACUGCUGCUGCUGGUGAUGGUUUUCGUGGAAGUGGCGGUGCUGCUGUGGCGGCGGCUGCUCCUGCUGCUGCUACCAAGCAGGAGGUUCCAGUGGACACGGCUCACGACUUGUCCUUCCUUGAACGUCUCUCUGUGCCCCCUGCUCCUACUUCUGCUGCACCCAUGGUGGAAAAGUCUGGUUUUGCUGACGCUGCUGCUGGUGCUGCUGCUGCUGGUGCUGGUGCUUCUGUUGCUGCUGCUAGUGGUGCCAGUUUCGAUGGAUUUGGGGACUUCUCGGACCUUGGUCUGCCUGCAGUUGUCGUCCCUGCUUCUGCUUCUGCCGCGCCUUCUUCUGCUGCUGCACCUGCUGUUGCUGCUGCUUCUGCCGUUCCUGCUGCCGCAGAGCCUCUCUUUCCUGCCUUCCAGACUGCUUAUGACUCAACCCCAGCACAGCUAGCUCAGCAGGAGGGGAAGAGGCAGGAGAAGAGGGAGGGGAAAAAAGAGACAGGAAAGGCAGAGGUGGGAAGCAACCAACAGGGAGGACGAGACAAAAAUAACGACACCAGCAGGGCUGGAGGCGAUGACGGCACCAGCAGCCCCGUGCUGACGUCAUCGUCAUCUCCUGCUACCAUCGUUGAGUCGAAGUAUAUCCCCUCCCUUCCCCCCGUGGAGUACUACGGCCCUGCAGGGAAGCUUCCCAGAACCAUCUUUGAUGCGCCCACGCGAAUGCCUGUUGACCCGAACCGGCCGGUUCCGCUCGUGGUGUGCCCCAAGCCUAGGGGAGAGGCUCGGCCAGAGGUUCGGGCAGGGGAAGGAAGGGGGAGGGAGGGCGGAAAGGCAUCCCCAUCUGCUGCAGUGUCUGCCCCUGGGGCCUCCGGUUUUGCCUCCGGUUUUACCACUCCUCCCUUGCCUUACUCCUCCUCUCAAUCCUCAUCCUCGUCUUUCUUGUCCUCUUCCCCGCCUCUAUCCUCGUUACUAGCCGUUCCGCAAUCGUCAUCGCUAUCUGCGUCUCUUUCCGCGUCUUCCGACCUAUCACCCAUGUCGUCCUCGUCGUCGCUACUGCCACAUUCGUCGUCCUCCUCCUUGCCAUCGCCAUCACCAGCAGCAGCAGCAGCAACAGCGGCAGCAGCGGAAGCAGCAGCAGCAGCAGCAGUGGCGGCAGCGGAAGCGAAUCUCACAGGGCCAGAUGCGGGUGGCAAGGGUUGUCUGCUUGUGGCGGUGGGGAGUGUGGCGGUGUGCGUGACUGAUGACGGUCUGAGGGCAUGGGACCAAGAUUAUGCGAAGCAGCUGCGAGCGUCGUCCGUCGAGGAGCGUUCGUCCUUCGAAGACGGCUCUAAUGGAGCGUCUACGUCCACUAUGGAGGUGCAGUUACCCCGGCGCUCACGGCAGCGGGACAUUCGGGAGAUGGCCGACGUGACAGCGCGCGGACGCUUGGACUACCUGUGGGCGGCUGCUGUGGCGGAAAACGACCUGGCGUUUAGGACGUCUUCGUCUAAGGCGAUGCAAGCGUUUGUGGAUGCAAUCGCCGCAUUCGGGAAGGCCUACACCUUACCUUCGGCAUACAAGGUGGCGGGCCCACUUCUUGUCAAGUUGAAGCUCGACACGGAGGAGCUCAUCAAGCCAAUCAAAGAGAGUUGGCCGAGAAGCGGAUGCACCCUCACGAUGGACGGUUGGACGUGCCUCAAAAGCCGGGGCAUGAUUUGCGUCAUCGCCCAAAAGGACACCGCGCCUGUGAUUGUGGACUGCGUCGACUCCAAAACCGCGAAGAAAACUGGAGAGUACCUCGCGAAGCUCAUCCAACAUGCGAUUUGCGAGGUGGGGGACAGCCACGUUGUCCAAGUCGUCAUGGACAACGCGGCUAACAACAAGCGCGCGGCAAACUUGCUCAAGGACGAGUACCCGCAAGUCUUCUUCACCAAUUGUGCGGCCCACGUCUUGGACCUCAUGCUUCACGAUAUGGGGAAGGUCAAGGCGGUGAAGAGGGUCCUCAAUCAGGUGCAUCGGGUUGUGAUGAUGGUCAAGGGGAGUGCCUCGGCCGUCACACUUUUCCGUGAGUUGUUUAGCAAGCUAGCGCUUGUCCGCCCUGGUGCUACUCGUUUUGGAACGCAAGUGAUCAUGAUCGAGCGUUUCCUUGAGGUUAAAAAGGCAUUGAAGGAGAUGGUGAUUAGUGAGGAGUGGAAAAGUGUAGCGGUGGCGAACACGGAGGAGGGGCAGGCUAUACGUGGUCUCCUCUUGGAGGAGACGUUUUGGGACUCCGUCACGGCCAUUCUCGGCCUCAUGAAGCCCAUCUACGAGGUGCUACGCAUCGUUGACCGGCGGUCCCUUGUGAUGGGGAGCGUCUACGGCCUCAUGCUUGAGGCUACGGUCAAGACCAACGAAGCGGCAACGAAGGCGGCUGCCCAACUCUCCAAGAAAACCGGUUUGCUUCCGGGAAACGAGAAGGCCGCGUUUCUUGCUGCGUUUAAGGCUAUCAUAGCCAACCGAUGGGACGGACAGCUGCACAACCCCCUCCACGCCUUGGGGUGGCUUCUAAACCCGAAGAAUCAGUACGUAGGCGAGAUUCGGGAGGAUGCGGAACUGAGGGCGGGGGCUGAAGAGGUGUUUAAGGCAAGGGGGGGUAGUGUUGAGAUGCGGACGAUGCUAGCGGUGCAACUAGCCGCUUUUCACAAGGGAGAGGGGAAGUUGGGGUCUGUGGAUGCGCGGUGGGCUGCCACCAUCUUGGUGGAGAGCGGGAGGCUCUCCGCGGCUGAGUGGUGGGCGCUGUAUGGGGAGGCCCGUGCUAAGCUCUACAGCGAGUUGAGCAAUGGAUCGCUGCAGGAGGGCAGCACAAGCGUGCUUCUUUCUCUUCCGGUGGAGGCGGAGGUGGAUGAGGAGGAGGAGGCGGGGGGGGAGCCGUGUACCAUUGACUGGGACACCUUCGGGAACAUUGGCAAGCGGGUGACCAAAAGGAAGCGCGCAAAUCUGAAGAAGAAGAAGAGUGCUUCCAAGGGCAGCGGGUCCCGCAAGGGGAAGGAGAAGGCCAUGCUACCUGAUGCAGCAGGAGGGGGAGCAGUAGGAGCAGACAAACAAGGAUCACCAGGAGCAGACAAAGCAGGAGCAACAGGAGAAUGCAAAGCAGGAGCUCCAGGGGGAUUUGACACAGCAGUGGCAGGAGCAGCAGAUUUUGAAGGCAUAGCACCAAAGAAUACGGAAUAUUCACAGUUGAAGAGACCAUUAAAGCCCCUUUCUCGCCUGGGUUCUGACGCUGCCCCGUUUGUCUUUGUGCCGUUACGAGGCCUGGCAGCCCGAGCCAAGAGCAUAGCCUCGGACGACAGGCUCGGCGUGGUGUUCACAGGGCACAAGGACGGGCGCAUGCUUGUAUGGAGGGUGCUAUUAGGGAGGGGGACAAAGGGAACAGAUGGAGGCACAGGAGGAGGAACAGUAGGAGAGAAAGGGGUCAAGAAAGGGUUGGGAAUUGGGUUGCGGGAUCCUGGAGUGCAGGUGGCAUUGGUGGCGGACUGGCAGGCCCAUACAGCCACUGUGACUGCUUUAGUCAUUUCUCCCUAUGGUGGGUAUCCCCUCCCUAGGCUUCGCGAGCUGUGGUCGGCGGGUGAUCGUGGCAUCAUCAAGGCAUGGUCCCGCCUAUCCCUCACCAACGAGCUUCACCGAGCCAUUCACGAACUAGAGGAGGGUUGUUGUGCCGGACUGAGGAGUUUACACACCCCUCUUCUCCCCAUCCCCAACCCCAACCCCGUGGCAUGGGCAGGCGAGGUGUGGUCGGCGGGUGAUCGGGGCAUCAUCAAGGCAUGGUCCCGCCUCUCCCUCACCAACGAGCUUCACCGAGCCAUUGACGGCGAGGUGUGGUCGGCGGGUGAUCGGGGCAUCAUCAAGGCAUGGUCCCGCCUCUCCCUCACCAACGAGCUUCACCGAGCCAUUGACGGCGAGGUGUGGUCGGCGGGUGAUCGGGGCAUCAUCAAGGCAUGGUCCCGCCUCUCCCUCACCAACGAGAUUCGCCGAGCCAUGCAGCAACUAGACGAGGGACUGGAUGAGGGGAGGGAGGAGAGGAGGUGUAGGCCAAUAGCAUCAGAUCUGCAGCAGCAGCAGCAGCAGAAUGCUGACGUGGCAGAUGCGGCUGUGGCGGUCCGCAUCAGCCCUGCCUGCGUGGAGCUUCGGCAGCACCGAGCCUCGUCAGGCUCGGCGGCGGCCGAGCAGGCUCGGAAUGACAUGGGGGGAGUUCACGACUCCAGCAAUCUAAGAGGAUACGCUCUACCGCCGCCUAACGUUUCAACCGCGCGAGGAGCUGUGAGGGUGAUGGUGGCAGGUGCGGCGAAUGGAUGGGUGUGGACGGCUGGGCCUGCGUCUGCAUGCAUCUGGGACGCAAGAAAAAAAGAGCUCAUUCGAGCUCUCUCCUCCCUCUCAGACCCGAGCGCAUACGAAGAACCUUCCAGGAGCUUUCCUCCCCGCGCUAAGUCCCGGGAAGUGCUGGGGAAAGCUAAGGGGGCAGUGACUGAUGCUGUAAGAGCGGCAGCAGCAGCAGGGAAAGGAGAGGAGUACUUAAGUGGCGGUGGUGGUAGUGGUGGUAUUGACGAUUUGGAUACGAGUGGUAGCGGUGGUAGCAGCACCACCUUUUCCUCUCCGUCCCCAGCAGUAAGAGUCUCAGGGGGGUCUUUGAGAAAGCUCCAAGCGGCAACUGCUGUGGGUGAUGGCUCGGUCUGGUUUGGGUUCAGGUCCGGCGCGCUGGUUCGGAUCGACAGGUCCGGGGCGAGGCUGCAGGAGGUAGGGUUGGAUGCGGGAGUGUGCUGUCUCUGUGUUGUGGGUUUGAGGCUUUGGGUGGGGAUGGCGGAUGGGGGUAUAGUGGUUCUGGGGGUGAGAAAUGGGAGGAGAUUAGGGGGGUGGCCUGGUGUGCAGCGGCUGAGUCGCAAGCAGCAGCUGCAGCUGCAGCAGUAUCAGCAACAGCAGCAGCAACAGCAGCAGCAGCAGCAGAAGCAGCAGCAGCAGCAGCAGCAGUUUCAGCAGUACCAGCAGCAGCAGGAGCAGGAUCAGAAGGAACGAAUCAGGGGGCCAAUGCUGGUGCGCGAGUCUCUCCUUCCGGACAUAUCUGACGUUGAGACGGGGGCCGUGGCGUGCGGAUUCGGCCGAGCGCUUGGCAACAAGGGCAUCUACUUGAGAACGGAGUUUGGGCGAUCCAUGGGGACUGUGGGCACUGCUGCCACCAACGCUGCCAAGGCUGCUGGAGGUGAGUUGACGGAUGGAGGAGAAGAGAGGGAACGGUUUUCUGUUCAAGCCGGCUUCCAAUCGGCCGUGCAGGGGUUUGUGAAGGCAGCAGGGAGGGGAGUGGGAGCAGGAGGGGCGGCAGGCUUUGUCCCCAUCUCCAGCACUCAAGGCACCGAUGUGUCGAGCUCUGAUUGGCCGAACGCUGCAGCUGGCAACAACAGCAUCUCCGGCAUUGGAAGCACUGAUUCGUAUGCUGAGCCCCCCUCCCCUCGCCCUGACGUAGCUCAGAGCGAUCUGCUCAUCUGGAUGGGCGAUUUGAACUGCCGCCUCGCUGCAGACCCGAUGCAGUACCCGCUGCUGCUGAAGCCUGUCACCUCCUGCCUCCCUCCCCUCGCCCCUCCCUUCCCACAGCCUCCUUCCCCUCGCCCUGACUUGGCUCAGAGCGACCUUCUCAUUUGGAUGGGCGAUUUGAACUACCGCCUCGACAGGUGUUCAUACGAGGAAGCAUGCACUGCCGUGGCAAGGAGGCAGUACUCGCUGCUGCUGGAUUGUGAUCAGCUGAGAGCGGAGAUGAAGGCGGGGAGGGCGUUUGUGGGAAUGCAGGAGGGAGCGGUUGACUUUGCCCCGACCUACAAGUUCGACCGUGGGACGUUCAACCCCUUGGAUUGCGACCAGCUGAAAGGGGAGAUGAAGACCGGAAGGGCGUUUGUGGGCAUGCAGGAGGGAGCGGUUGACUUUGCCCCGACCUACAAGUUUGAUCGUGGGACGUUCAACCCCCUGGCAUACGAUUCUGGUGAAAAACGCCGGGUACCUGCCUGGUGCGACCGCAUCCUCUUUAGAGACAGCUUCACUAGCAGCAGCGCACCCCAGAGUGGUGAAACAAGCAGGAUCGAUUCGUCAGGCCCGAUAAGGGAUGGUGGCGGCGGCAACAGCGGCGUAGCCAAGGGGAGAACCUCUCUCUCGCACCCUGUUUCAGUCGAGCUACACAUCGUGCAUGGCAGCCUUUCAGAGCGAUCACAAGCCAGUUACCUCAUGCAACUCACCGUCGCCUGCCCUGAUGCUGCUGCUCAGAGGUCCCUGGUUACCCGCCUCCUCACAUCUCCACUCCUCUCCACCCCUCUCUCCUCCACUACCACCACUAGCCCCGGUAAUUCCACCCCUGCCGCUGACCUCCUCUCUUUUACUGCUGAAACCCACCUUCCUGCUAGGAGCAACCCCUCUCCCGCUGCCUCCUCCUUUGAAACUUCCACUUUCUCCUCCCCUCUCGAGGCGCCACAAGAUUCGUAUCCCCCUCUUUCCUCGCUGCUCAGGCAAAUGGCAGCAGCAUCUCUCCGUUCCUCCCUCCUUGCAUCGGGCACUUGUGUGAGAAUAGACCCGAUCACGUUAAGAGCUUCGGUCGUGGUGACCAAUAAGGGUGAUAAGAGCACAGGGCAUCCGAUGGGGUUUAGAGUGGUAUGCGAGGGUGAGGGUGGGUUGAAGGAGGGGGAGGAGGUGGAGGGAUGGAAUGACGGGGAAAAGAGGGUGGGAGGACUCGGCACUGACGCAUAG